AUGAAACUAUUUUUCUCCAUUUUCACAUUAUCCAUUCUGUCCUCGGCAUCUUGUAAAGUUAUCAAUCUUACGGAUGAUAACUAUUUCACAUUGACAAAAGGAAAGACUGUAUUUAUCAAGUUCUUUGCACCAUGGUGUGGAUACUGCAAGGCCAUCGCCGAAGAUUGGGAAUUGCUGGCCGAGGAAUGGGAGGGCAGCGAGACCGGACUCGUCGCCGAGGUGGAUUGUACAGCUGACGAAAGCCAAGAACUUUGUGGCGACAUUGAUGGAUUCCCAACUAUCAGGUUCGGCGACCCAACGUCAUUGGAGGACUACGACGGGCAAAGAGAAUUCGCAGAUAUGUCGGCCUUUGCCAAGGAAAACUUGAAGCCAUCCUGUGGAUUGAACAACAUGGAUCUUUGUGACGACGCAACCAAGGAGUUGAUUGCUGGGUACCAAGCCAUGUCAUCAAGUGAACUCGAGGAUCUAGCAGAAGCUGUAUACCAAACGAUUGAUGGACUUGAGAAGGUUGCUAGUGAAAAAGUUACGGAACUGGAAGAGCAAAUCAAUACCGUCAUUGCAGAAUUUACUACUGAAUCUGCAAAAGUUAAGAAAGAAUCUAAUUAUAAGUAUAUGGCUGCUGUGCUGAGAAGCAAGGAGCCUGCAGAAGAUGAUGAGGAUGAAGCUUAUAAUGAAGAGCUCUAG